AUCAUCAUCAACAAGACGUAGCCAGCGUGACGCAGAACAAGAGACGCGCCGAAGGCACAGCACCUUCGCAACCCCUCCUGCACCUGGUCUGCGUUCAUGAUGAAUCCUUCUCUCCUGAGAAUUUAUCAGAUUUAAAGGAGAAUACUUCUGAUGACCCUCCAGGUGUUGAUGGUCAAACGCCUCUUCGACGGAACACAGAUCGUCAAAAGCCUCCCGAUUCAUCCGAUUUGAAAGAGAAUAGUUCUGAUGAAUCUUCGAGUGGUGAUGAUCCCACCUCCGUUUAUCUGGACGCAGGUCGUCAUAUCUCCAUCAGGGACGCCUCUCCAUCCCCUCUUUCUUCUUCUCUUCUUCUCUUCUUCUUCUUCUUCUUCUUCGAUCACUCCGUCUCCCGAUCCAUCCGCACAUCCGGAUAAUCCUGACGGCCUCCCAACCGCGGAGGUCGGAUCAUCGUCGGAUACUGAGAAAUCCGUGGCGGGUGAUGACGGUGGGAGAUUGCAUCGCCCGGUAAAUAUUCCAUCGCAAAGGGAAUCUGGAAAUCUGGGGAGAGAAAAUGGAACAAUGGACAACAACGAGAGAGAACUAAACCGAAGUGACGCGCAGCAUAAAUCUCUCGCAACGCAAAAACCGAACCUUCAUCUUCCUUUGCAAAAGAGCGAACCCUCGCUGCUUUUGGAUCGUCCAGCCCUGUUGCAGCAACACCCGUCAGAGAGAGACGGUGAUGACGAUGAUAAACAUGUCAGCGAGAAGGGGAAUAAACUCCAUAGUAUUGACAACAAUGUCAGAGAAGAAAGUCAGCAUGAAAGAGAGGAGGGAGAACAAAAUCACGAGCAAAAGGAGGACAAAAUCAAGACCAAACAACCUGAAAUAGCGACAGGCCAAGCUGGAAGCCCUCGCAUUUUAUCAACAGCGCGCGCGUCAGGCCAUUCCAGAAGGAGUCCUGGAAUAAACGAAUCCCAAGAGAAAAAGGAUCCAGACCAAACAAGAGAGAAUGAUGAAAUAAACGGAUCCCACGAGAAAAAGGAUCCAGACCAAACAAGAAAGCAUGAUGGAAUCAAAGCUCAAGAGAGUCACGAGAUACUCCAGACACGACAGCCUGGAACUCCGAGUGCCGCUAGAGACACUCUUCCAGCAUCACAAAGAGACCAUUCCGCUCACGUGAACUGGAAUCUCCAUCACCUUCAUCCCACGCUCAGCUACAGCGUUGAGGGAGAAAAACUGACACUGUCUGUAAGAGCAUCAUCAGACGACGGCUCUGAUUUCCAAUCUGCGUCUGCCACUUCUGCUUUACCGUCUGUCCAGGACGACGACAACAAUCACUCUAUUAAGCAUCCCAGACAGACGGAGUUCUCUUCGGUCUAUCCAUCAUCAUCAUCAUCAUCACCGACACCAACGUACAGCACGUUUCCGUCAUCCUUGGGAAGCCAAGAGGGGACACCGUCGUCGCCCUCCGUCUAUGUCACUUCCCCGUCAUUUGCGGUUCUGUCCUCCGUGCCUCUGUCUCAAUCCUUGAACACGCCACCCGCAUCCCCGUCAGUCCCUGCCCCUCCAACGACCCGUCCCUUGGCCCAGCAACUACUGUCCACGCGGCCCUACUCUUCUGUCUCCGGAAAACGGCAAAAUAUUUCGAAGAAUCUUUCGCUGGAACUGGAGAGGAGGAAGAGCUCACCCUCCACGUCCUCCGCCCUCGCUUCCUCUUCUUCUUCUUCUUCUUCUUCUUCUUCUCAAAUAUCAUCAGAAUCGUCGGGGAAAACAGGGCCCGCAAAACCACUACCUCGACCGACUCCCAAAUGGCCCUCGGGUGCCUCUGUGAAUGACACUCUGGCGGUCCUGCGGUGCUCUUACGGACCCACAAGGACGACUGUUGUCUUCGUCAUGAAAGACUGCAACGACGCUGCAGCCAGUGAAAGGGUGCCAAAGGAUGGAGUUGUUAUCAUAUGCCCAUCCACUCCCGCACUCCCGCUGUCCAACUCUUUCGCUCCUCGAAGGUCCCCCAACUACAUUUACGAGCGCCACACAGCCCCGAUGACCUCUCUAACAGGCAUCCAAUCGCGGCAACACCCUUCAUCGCCAUCGGAGCCUUUCGGGCCAUCACAAAGGCGAUAUCCAGCGGCGCCUAACUCUGCCAGCCAGUGGCAGUUAUGGAACAAAGGCGCCCGCUGGGCAGGCGAAGGAAAACAGUAUCGGCCUCCUCCUCCUCCUCCUCCUUCUUCUUCCAUGGACUGGGCGAGACCAGAGGCACCAUGGCAACAGAAGGCAUGGCGACCCGCGAGCGCGCUUCCAAAGCCGACGAAGCAAUUAGCGCCUGAACAGUCGGGUUUGUUGCCUCAAUCCCGCCACGAGCCGAAGCAAUUGGAGCGGGAACGCGUCGAGCCUCCGGCUAUGGGCCCUCAUAGUACCAGAUGGCAUCAGGCGGAGGAAGAGGAUGUUGAUAUUGACGACAAUAAUGGAAACCAAGAAGCGGCUCCGGUGAGGACAGCUGCACCGGAUUCGGACACGGAAGGACGCGGAUAUGUUCCAACGCAGCCAGAGUUUGCAGAUCGUCAUUAUGAAUCAGCUGAUCAUCGAGAUAUUAUGUCCGGGAUUCGUCAAGGCAGCGGUUUAGCCACGACGACGAAAUCACACCAUGCUGUCGAGAAACAGGGAUUGGCCGUAAUGGAAGAGCCAGGUAGAAGUCAGCUGAGGCGGCCCUCAAGAGAUCUCGGUUUGUCCAGGUAUCCAAGGCCAGACUCGGCUCCUCAACUGCUCUACACCCCAGUGGAGCAGACUGUGUCACCUGGUUCACCUGUGUCACUCAAGUGCUCCGCCCAAGGGUCGCCUACACCCGUCAUCACCUGGACUCGAGACCAUCAACCCAUAUUGACGACUCAUAGAACGAACAUCGGCAGCUUCCGCACUUCGAUGGGCGCCGUCGUCAGCCACGUCAACCUCACUGACGUCGCCGUGAGAGAUGGAGGCCUCUACACCUGCACCGCCCACAACGCCCUCGGGUCUAGCGCCCACUCCACUCGGAUUAACGUCUUCGGUCCUCCCUUUGUCCGAGCGAUGCCCAACGUCACAGCAGUCGCUGGAAACGACGUCCACCUGUUCUGUCCUGCUGGAGGAUACCCGCCUCCUACCAUUACCUGGAUGAGGGAAGGACAGGCUCUGCCACCUACCAUGCGGCAUGAAAAAUUAACCAAUGGAUCUCUCAUCGUGAGGAACGCUGGUCACGGCGACGUUGGUCGAUACUCUUGUGUUGUGUCCAAUUUACAGGGACAGACGGCUGCAUCUCACACUUUUCUGCAAAUCUUGAAACCUCCUGAGAUCGAUCCAUUCUCCUUCCGACACCGCCUGGAGGAAGGACGACGAACCCAGGUCACCUGUAUGGUCAAUGCCGGUGACCUCCCGAUGACCAUCAAUUGGCUGAAGGAUGGAAGGCACUUGCAGCACGACCCCGACAUCGAAAGCAAGCAGAUCAGCGAGUUUUCCACCGUUCUUCUCUUCAAAAGCCUGAGGGAACACCACUCGGGAUCCUACACCUGCGAGGCAGCAAAUGCAGCCGCCACUGUUAACCACACAGCUGUACUGAGAGUCAAGGUGUCUCCGAGGUGGGUCGUCGAACCGACCAGCAGCACAGCUCUUGUGGGAUCGACGGUCGUCAUCGAAUGCAGUGCCAGGGGGUUUCCACAGCCUGUUAUCACCUGGAAAAAAGCACCUGGUGAAUCAGCGCAGGACUUCCAGCCGGUGAUGCUAGAUGGAAUCAGGGCUUCUCAAGCCCCAAAUGGGUCGCUGGUGCUGAUGGAUAGUACAACCAACGAUGCUGGAUGGUACCUCUGUCAGGCGGAUAACUCCAUAGGAAAACCUAUAUCCAAAGUCAUUCAGCUCACCGUGCAUGCGCCAGCUCGCGUGAUCACCGAGGGAGGUCGCGUGACAGGUCACGCAGGUCAAACCGUGACCAUUUCUUGUGAAGCUACGGGGGACCUCCCCCUCACUUUAACCUGGCAACGUCAUCAUACGCCCAUUACACCCACGCACAGGAUCUCCAUCCGUGAGACGGGCGGCGGUGGGAUGCUCAGGACCGUCUUGGAGAUCAGGUCCGUGACGUCCGGCGAUGCUGGGACGUACACCUGUCGCGCAGAUAAUCCGCACGGCCACAGUGCUCAGAUUUUCACCUUGGCGAUCAUUGAACCACCAGUUGCCCCGUCGGAUGUCUCAGUCACUGACGUGACCAGUCGUUCAGCCCUUUUAUCCUGGACUUUAUUUCAGCCUGCUGCUGUCACCAUACAGUACAGAGCUGCUGAAGAAGAAUCAUGGGCUGUUCACGGGCGGAACGUCAGCGUGGGUCAGUGGGCGUCGUCCCAUAUCCUGACGGGUCUAACGCCCUAUAAAGCUUACGCCGUUAGACUCAUGGCCCACAACGACCUUGGAGUCUCCCAGCCAUCACACAUGCACGUCUUCACCACGCUAGAAGAAGCUCCAUCUGGAGCACCACAGGAAGUCCAAGUAGCUGCUGGGGGUCCCAGGUCUUUAGUCGUGCGGUGGCGUCCCCCAGAUCAUCAUACUACUCACGGACCUCUCAGGGGUUAUACCUUGGCCCUCCGGCAGCAGAAUCUCCAGGGGCACCUGACUUACAUCAGCCGUCCUGCUACCAUGUCUGCAGGUACCUCUGGCUCCGAGAAGUACGAGGUGAUGGGCUUGAGUCCUGCUUCUUUGUACGAAGUGGCAGUGAGGUCCUUUAAUCGAGCAGGUCCUGGACCCUUGUCGUCUCCGAGGAUAGUUCAAGCCACAGGGCACGAUGCACCAUCUUGCCCACCCGGAGGUGUCUCCUGCAGGGGCUCCGGCCGUGGGGGAAUAAGGGUGUGGUGGUCUCCCCCUCCGAUGCAUUGCACCAACGCCCCCGUUUCCGGCUACACCAUCCUCGCCACUCCGACGACGCAUCUCCACCGAAGUGAAAGUGACAACCGUUGGGAAGUCAACACAACUAAUCUGGAAAAGAACCUAGACAGCCUCCCACCUGCCGCGAACAUCAGCGUCCGAGUCAAGGCGUUCAAUGACGUCGGUGCAAGUCCUCCCAACAACCCCGUCUUCUGUGUUACGGAAGAUGAUGUUCCCGGGCCACCCGUAAGAGUCCGAGUCAUAGUGACUGGGAGUUCGAGCGUUUUAGUGACGUGGUCUCCUCCCCAGCCCCCAUCAGGUGAUAUUCUCCAUUACACUCUGUACUCAGCCAGGGAUGACCAGGUAGCAGUCAGGGAUGUAGUUGGGGCAGCAGGUUCGGAAGCCACGUGGAGAGAACUCAAUAACCUCUCACCUUCCACCCGUGUACAGGUGUGGGUGACUGCCACUACUGUAGCAGGAGAAGGCAACUCCUCCCCCAGGAUGACAGCUAUGCCCAUAGCCACUGCCAAGCACGCGCCGAUCGCUGUUGGCGGAGGACAAGUUUGGCGCGUUGGGAUGGGAGCGGGUGUCACUUUGGGGUGCCGUGGCAUUGGUACUCCUCCCCCACUCCUCUCCUGGAUCAAAGGGACUGGGCAUCCCAUUAACAAUGGCCAGUACACCCAGUUGCUUCCGGGAGGAGAUUUACACCUUACAGGUGUGCGCGAGAGCUCAAACUAUACGUGCAGGGUGACUAAUUCUGAAGGGUCCGACAGCCUCACCCAUCAAGUGAUUGUGAUCACCACGCCAGAGCCCCCAAAAUUGACCCUCUCCUAUGCCACGCAUGAUUCCCUCAACCUCUCCAUUACUCCUUCAGGGGACGGAGGAGCCCCAAUUCUGGGAUACACCCUGCAUCACCGAGGGCGUGCUGGUGAAUGGGCGGAAAUGAGUGCCGAGCCUGGCACUGUGAGCGUGGUUGUUCGUGGACUGGCUUGUGGGGCACCGUACCAUCUUUACUUGACUGCCUGGAAUACCCAGGGCACCAGCCCACCUAGUCCUGUGCUCAUUGCUAAUACACAGGGAAAAGCUCCUGGGCGUCCUGAGCCUGGUAACCUUGUGGAGGUCAACACAACAUGCGUCAUACUUCGGCUGUACGCUUGGCCGGAAAUGGGUUGCCCCAUUACCCAUUGGAAGGUUGAUCUUGGUAGUGAGGAAGACUCCAACCUAUGGCAGCCACUACAUAGCCACGUGGAUAGAGACACGACUGAUCUUGGCCUCUGCGACUUGUCUCCAACCUCAUGGCACCUGCUGAGACUGACUGCCGUGUCAACUGCUGGGGAGACAUCAGUUGUGUAUAGAGUAGCAACUCGUGACCAUUCUGGAGGUUCAAUGACAGCUGAGUCUGUACAGGAGGUCAUGCUUGGAAGCUCCGCUGGAGUUGGCGGAUGGCUGGAUGCUCACGUGGUGGCAGGGGUCGUGAGCGCACUCCUCUUGGCAACUGCCCUUAUAAUCUGCGUCUGUGUUGCUUUCAGAAGAAGGCGAUACGGAGGAUACAGCAGACAAGGUGAGAGUUUGGACAACAAAGGCGGGGGCGAGGAUGACAACGCCCGCAACUGCGAGAUCACCCGGUCCCAUCUGUACUCGCCAACGCCCACGAAAAAGCCCAGGGGGUCCCUGGCUUCCCUGAAGACGCAGGAUGACACCUCGGACCCCUACGAGAUCUGCCCCUAUGCCACCUUCAGUCCCUCUGGUGUACCACUUAGCGUGGGCAGUUCAGAGGCUACAUUAGAGUAUGGUCUGUCUCUACACGCUAUGACUCCUCGGGAUUGCCUCGACCAUCCUGCUCACAGUGAUCGCCACGCCCUCGAAGCCCCAACCUACGGACACGCCUCUCGCCAGAGAUCCCAGUCCCACUACAAGGAGACAGAAAUUGCAUACAUCAGCAACAAUAGAGGGAGAGGGGGAGGAGGAGGAGGUGGAGGGGAAUAUGCCAGUCGGCCCAAAUCCAUCUCUGGACCUCAGCCCACUCCUGCGCCCACACCAACCCCAGCCUCCGGGGCAUCUGAACAAGGCGAAUGGAAUGACGAAAGCCGAAAGGACACCAGAGGUCGCCCUCAUCGAUCUCGAAGCCGCACAAGAGCAGAGACAACACGGAGGGACUCGAGCACUGAAAGCAAUGACGCAUCUUCACCUGUGCAACAACGACAGCACUAUCAGCACCCCCAAAUAACCACACCACAUCACCACCAGCACCCACAGCAGCAACUUCCCCCGCAGCAUCCGCAAGCACAGCAGCAACAGCAACAACAGCAGCAGCAGCAGCAACAACAACAACAGCAGCAACAGCAACCUCCACCGACAGUCGUAGCCAUUCCCGUGGCAGCUGGAAGAGGUCGCCCCCACCCACUGCCGCCUGUUCGUCUUGCCAGAAAACCCAGUGACUCGUCUUCGAGCGAUUCUUCUCCUAUGACACCCCCUCGACCUCUUCAUCCUCCGUCUGCGUUCUCGGACUCCCGAGAGCUCUCGGAAGCCGAGUGCGACCGCGAGAUCCAUCCCGGGCAGGGUUUGAAGGGCGCCUCUGGCAAGGGCAGAGGCCACGCCGAAGGGAGAACCCCAGCAGCUGUCAUCUCCGGCUCUGCUAGAAACGACGGAGACAUCAAGGCUGAGCUCACCGUUCUGCUGCAGCAGUACCAACAGCAACACAAAAUGCAGAAGCUGCCGGAAAAAAAUCCCUAUUCUAUCAAUGUAUAAUAAGUGGUUCGUAUAGGAUUCAAAACGAAUUGUGAGCUUGCGAAGACCCAUGUAUUUGACUCACCAUUCUUCCACUUUAGCCUCUUGGGGGUUGGCACAGUGACUAGUCAUCAUCAUGUUGCUGCUUGAAUUUUAAAAAUAUUUGAAACUUGUAGACGUUCCAGAAAAAGUUAGAAACGUUUAAAAACAGUUGUAUCAUCAAAGAACACGUUAUUCCUGAUAGCCUUAAGCUGACAAACAAAAAGGUGGCCUCCUGUUGGGCCAACUAUGGGCUUGUAAUAGGUCAUCAGAAAAUUAAUCUUGACAUGAUGCGGAGGAUGAUAGUACUGAUGCUAAAGAGGAAGAAGGAAGUUUCACACGGCAUCCAAACUUCUUUUGGACAUUCUUCCAAGAAGAGUUUUUUCGUAACAAUGUGAUGAUGUUUGUUGUUUCCAAAGGCAAGUUGUCCUUUUUUUAAACUUGCCAAGUCUUUCAAACAGUUUCAUCCUUCUUUUCAUCUCAUUACAUGAUGUGUACCGCUUUUCAGUGUCGAUAAAACUGGCUUUUCUACGUCAACUUAAGUGUUUCGGUAUAAGACCAAAAUGUCAUAAUUGUGUAUGUAACCGUUAUUUAUCAUGUUAUCCCGGAAAUAUAGAAGACAUGUAUAGUGCAAUAUUAUUGUCUUUAUUUCAUUUUUUUAAAACUGCUAUCAUUCUAAAUAAACAUAUUUUUUGAGAUGAAAUUUACUUGUAUUUUGUAUUACUAUGACAUUGACAUUAUUUUCAUUCAUAACACUUGUCAAAAUAAAAUGUAUAUAAAGCUAGUGUCUUUUGUUUCCUAAAGAUGUACGUCCCUCAUAGCAUAUUUUAAAGCAGAAAGUUAGGAAUUUACCGUCAUUUGUUUGGUUUUACUUUUAUCCGAGGGGCAGGUGAUAAUUAUACACGGCACGCCGUGGAUCUCUUCUGUUAUAGUAGCCAAUAAAGUAAGGAGGCAUGAUUCAUCAAACUUGCCAAAAACUGUUGAUGUCCUGUCUAAAACUUUUCAUGUUCAUGGGAACAGUAUAAGCGAGCGGCCGAAUGUUGUACUGACGGGUUAUUACGACUGCAGACAGGCUAUUCAAGGUGUUGGUAAAGAUAUUUUAGUCGUGAAGGGGUUUCCUGGCAACCCUUGACGUCAUUUACCGACUCGGGAGUCCGGACGCCGGUUAGUCACUCACUGAUAAAGCCGUCUUUGUGGAACUAUAGUGUCCCGCUGGAGAAGGGGAUUAGGUAUCCUCGACCAUGUUACCGUGUGUACAACUGAUACGACUACUACUACGCAACCGCAGAGGCAGAGUAUUAACGGCGCUUAGCUGCUUAGGUGGUAAUAUCCUGGCUCCUUGAUCCUAGCUGAAGGUUAACUAACCACUUUUCAGGGUAAGUUUGUCAGGCAUUAGUAAACAUUUAGGAAUGUUGCCAUUGGUCUGCUGUAAUGAUUGCCCUGAAAAUAACUUAAAACGAGCUCAGAAGGGAAAGGAAACAGCACCGUCCAAGAUGUUCCGUCUUGGUGGUCCUAGAAUGGAUCCAGCAGAGGAGAAGAGAAAAGCAAUGGAAGAGGACCGUUUGGCAAGAUUGGUAGUUUAUUCAAAUGUAGCUACCUUUGUUGCUACUGUUGCUCUAAUACGUGCUGCACCGUAUGUAUUGGAAAGAUUCUUCUAAUGCUGCUCUUCAUAGUAAAAGCCUUUUGUGCCAUCUUUCAAGAUUUUUAUUAAUGUAAUACAGGAAGACAGAUAUCAGUGUUUUAGCAUUGGGUAUUUUUUAAAAAUAUGUACAUUAUUGUUGCUCUUAUGUAUUGCCUUGAAUUUGCUGAAAUUAAAUUACUUAAUGCUGUGCUGUUUUUUUUGGCUUUGAGAGAUCACAGGACUUGUAUUUAGCCAUGUGAAAUAUUUUUGUGCAUUUACAUUUUAGGAAUGUAUUUGUUCAUUGUUUAAUGCAAGAUGUGUAAAAUAGAUAAGAUUUCUUGAUG